CGCGCCCGGCGCAGCUCGGCCAGAGCGUUCGCGGGGCUGAACGCGCGUCCGCCCGGGGGGCUCCGGCGGCUGCCCCCGGCCCGCGGCCCCCUCCCCGGCUCCCGCCUUCCCUUCCUCGCUCGCUGCCUCUCUCCUUUCCCGGCUCCCGCGCCGUCCGCCCGCCGCGCAGCCCGCGGCUCCGCGCCCCCCGCAGCCAAGAUGCCCGCGGCCCGGCCGCCCGCCGCGGGACUCGGCGGGAUCGCGCUGCUCCUCGCUCUGCUCCUGGGAAGCCCCGCGGCCGCUCGGGCAGAAGAUGCGCCACUGGAGGGAGAUGCUGGCCCUUCCGGUACUUACUUUCUGCCCUCGGAAGCCCUGGGGAGCAGCAGUCUGAGCCAAGAGACCCCCAAAGAGAGAGUGACCACGGCCCCUCUGAAUCCAGCGCAGUCAGGGGACGAGCUUCGCAAGCCAGAGAUGGAAGGGAUGGUCCCCUCCGCACCUCAAGACCCCGCGGCCGCAUCCAUGCUGCUUCCGCUUCCGGAGGAACCCGGCACCAGGCAUGCCUUCCCCCCCACGAAGAAGCCGCCUUCGCUCAAGCAGGUGAACUUGACCAGGAAGCAGCUGAGGCCGAAGGCCACCACCGCAGCAGCUGUGCAGAGGGCGGCGUCCCAGCCAGCAUCCUCGGGCCUGGGUCUCCUCUCCUCUGCCACGGAGAAGCCCCGCCCACUUGGGGACCACGACCCUGUGGCCUCCGCAGGGGAGGAGACCCACCCACUGUCGCUGUCAUCGGAGGAGCCCCUCUGGCUGGAGCGGAAGGAAGGUGCAGUCCCCACGACGCCCGCGCCCCUACAGAUCGCCCCCUUCACCUCGCAGCCGCUGGUGGCCCACACGCUCCCCCAGAGCCCUGACUCCGGGGCUCCCGCCGUGCCUGAGGAGGCCCACGAGGCUCCCCCAGGGGAUGCCAGCCCCAUGACCCUGAUGGACAAAUGUGAGAACGAGCUAACCGGGUCGGCCUCGGAGGAAAGCCAGGAGACCACGACGUCCACCAUCGUUACCACCACGGUCAUCACCACCGAGCAGGCCCCAGCUCUCUGCAGUGUGAGUUUCUCCGAUCCUGAAGGGUACAUCGACUCCAGUGAUUACCCACCGCUGCCCCUCAACAACUUCCUGGAGUGCACGUACAACGUGACAGUCUACACUGGCUAUGGGGUGGAGCUCCAGGUGAAGAGUGUGAACCUGUCCGAGGGGGAGCUGCUUUCCAUCCGCGGGGUGGACGGCCCCUCCCUGACCAUUCUAGCCAACCACACCCUCCUGGUAGAGGGGCAGGUGAUCCGAAGCCCCACCAACACCAUCUCUGUCUACUUCCGGACCUUCCAGGACGAUGGCCUUGGGACCUUCCAGCUGCACUACCAGGCCUUCAUGCUGAGCUGCAAUUUUCCCCGCCGGCCCGACUACGGGGAUGUCAUGGUGAUGGACCUGCACUCAGGUGGGGUGGCCCACUUCCACUGCCACCUGGGUUACGAGCUCCAGGGUGCCAAGACGCUGACGUGCAUCAAUGCCUCCAAGCCCCACUGGAGCAGCCAGGAACCCAUCUGCUCAGCCCCUUGUGGAGGGGCUGUGCACAACGCCACCAUCGGCCGCGUCCUGUCCCCAAGUCACUCUGGAAAUACCAAUGGGAGCCAGGUCUGUAUGUGGACAAUUGAAGCUCCAGAGGGCCAGAAGCUGCAUCUGCACUUUGAGAGACUGUCACUGCACGAGAAGGACAGGAUGAUGGUCUACAGUGGGCUGACCAACAAGUCCGCUCUUCUCUACGACUCCCUCCAAACCGAGAAUGUCCCCUUUGAGGGCCUGCUGAGUGACGGCCACACCAUCUGCAUCGAAUUCACGUCUGACCAGGGGCGGGUGGCCUCAGCCUUCAACAUCCGGUUCGAGGCCUUUGAGAAAGGCCACUGCUAUGAGCCCUACAUUCAGAACGGGAACUUCACCACGUCCGACCCAACCUAUAACAUCGGGACCAUAGUGGAGUUUACCUGCGACCCCGGCCACUCCCUGGAGCAGGGCCCGGCCAUCAUUGAGUGCAUCAACGUGCGGGACCCAUACUGGAACGACACGGAGCCCCUGUGCAGAGCCAUGUGUGGUGGGGAGCUCUCUGCCGUGGCCGGGGUGGUGCUGUCCCCAAACUGGCCAGAGCCCUACGUGGAAGGUGAAGAUUGUGUCUGGAAGAUCCACGUAGGGGAGGAGAAACGGAUCUUCUUAGAUAUCCAGUUCCUGAACCUAAGCAACAGCGACAUCCUGACCAUCUACGACGGUGAUGAGGUCAUGCCCCACAUCUUGGGGCAGUACCUUGGAAACAGCGGACCCCAGAAGCUGUACUCGUCCACGCCGGACCUAACCAUCCAGUUCCACUCGGACCCUGCCGGGCUCAUCUUUGGGAAGGGCCAGGGAUUCAUCAUGAACUACAUAGAGGUGUCAAGGAACGACUCCUGCUCAGAUUUGCCCGAGAUCCAGAAUGGUUGGAAAACCACUUCUCAUACGGAGCUCGUGAGGGGAGCCAGAAUCACCUACCAGUGUGACCCCGGCUAUGACAUCGUGGGGAGCGACACCCUCACCUGCCAGUGGGACCUCAGCUGGAGCAGCGAUCCCCCAUUUUGUGAGAAAAUUAUGUACUGCACCGAUCCCGGGGAAGUAGACCACUCGACCCGCUUGAUUUCGGACCCCGUGCUGCUGGUGGGCACCACCAUCCAGUACACCUGCAACACGGGCUUCGUGCUGGAAGGGAGCUCCCUCCUGACCUGCUACAGCCGUGAAACUGGCACGCCCAUCUGGACCUCUCGCCUGCCCCACUGUGUGUCGGAGGAGUCCCUGGCAUGUGACAACCCAGGGUUACCUGAAAAUGGGUACCAAAUCCUGUACAAACGACUCUACCUGCCAGGAGAGUCCCUCACCUUCAUGUGCUAUGAGGGCUUCGAGCUCAUGGGCGAAGUGACCAUUCGAUGCAUCCUGGGACAGCCAUCCCACUGGAAUGGGCCCCUGCCCGUCUGUAAAGUUAAUCAAGACAGCUUUGAACAUGCUUUAGAAGUAGCAGAAGCGGCAGCCGAGACGUCUCUGGAAGGGGGAAACAUGGCACUGGCUAUCUUCAUCCCAGUCCUCAUCAUCUCCUUACUGCUGGGAGGAGCCUACAUUUACAUCACCAGAUGCCGCUAUUACUCCAACCUCCGCCUGCCCCUGAUGUACUCCCACCCCUACAGCCAGAUCACCGUGGAAACCGAGUUCGACAACCCCAUUUAUGAGACAGGGGAAACCAGAGAGUAUGAAGUUUCCAUCUAGAGAGAGCUUCACGUGAGAAGGGAACUUACAGAUACAAACUCAACUACAACCUCCUCGAGAAAUUCAUCCAGAGACUGUGUGGCAUUUGAUGGAAAGCCCAGAGUGUCGGCUGUCUUUUCUUUAGACUCUUUACUGAAGACUUACUGUUUUCUUCACUGUAUUUAUUAUAUUUAAAAUCGAAAUAGGUGUGGUUGGAUGUAUUGCAGCUGCAGCCAAAUUAGUGGUACAGCCUCAAUCCUGAAGGCAGGUGGAGGACCUGUAAAAUAGCAAACACAGCAGUAGAGGGAAGAGGGAAAAAAAAAAAAAACGGCAACAGGCUGUUUCUCCUAUCAGCAAUGCCAUGCUACGGCUGCAUCAGAUUGCAUGCAUCUUCAGGAUCCACGCCCAUGGUGUUUUUCGUACAAAUCUAAGUCCCAAGAUUAGGUUGGAAAGGGUAUUUCUUGUUGGAUUAACUUGGGUUGAAAUUUAGCACGGAGACUUAAACAGCUCUACUCCAAAACCAGUCUGUGUUCUCCCUUCCAUUUGCCCCAGCCUCUAAAAGAACCUGCCCCGUCCCCUCCCUCCCAUGGCCCCUCGGAAGGCAGCAAAGGUGUUACAUAAAUAUUCUCUUUCACCACCCUGGCCUCGCUGGAUGCUGGCAAACUAAGAAAAUAUUUUCUUUCUAUAAAGGUGACAGAUGACAAAGGAAAGUUUUCAGAGAAGAUGGGAGAUCUGAGAGUUCCAAUGAAGAAGUGGAUGAGGGGGAAAGCUGGCUAAGGGAAUCGAGAGAAUAAAAUGUUCUUUUCCGUGACACUCUUUCAACGGUGAAAGAGCAGGUAAUUUAUGCUCCAAGGGCCAGAAUUGAUCACCUUGUUCAGCAAGGCCACCCUCAAGCUGUGAUGAUAGAUCUGUAGUCUUUGCAGGCGUGAGCGGCACCGCCCAUAGUGUUAAGAGGUUUUGGGUUGCAGGGGAGAAAUCCAGGGGUGAGCUCUGUUUCCCUCCCGGGGUGCUGCACUGCCAGAGCCCUCAAACUAGGGGAGACUCAAGUGCACUGUCACUAUAAAAGGUGGCACCUUCAGAAUACACUUGCAAUCAAGUAUUUUGGAGGGAGGGAGGGUCCUAUGAGCAGAAACUACUUUUCUGUUCUCUGAAGCUCUGCCCGGAUGUUGGAUGGUGGCGUGAAUGCUUGACCGUAGAGGUGCCGAGGAACAGGCACGGGGGGCUUAAAACCACGACAGCAUCCACAUCACACGAUUUGAACUCCAGUGAGGAGAGAAGGAGGAAUUUUAGGCCAGAAAGGAACUCUUAGCAUCUCAUUAAUCCUACAUCCUGGUAUUUUAUCAGAGUCCUUUCACCUCAACCCAGUAGGACUGAUGAGUGUGUGAUUAUCUGGAAGAUUCUUUUCUAAAUAUAGGUGCAAAGAGAAGGCAAGGGGUGAGGAUGCUUGGAAGGAAAAGUGCAUGUGAGACUAAUUCAUGUCCCUAGUGUCAGCCAGUGGCUCGGAGAGGCGCACCGGCCCAGUGGCUUUUGCGGUCCUCUUUGGAGCCUUCCCGUGCUCUCUAGAAUUGUUUUAAAUCAGCUGGUUUUCAAACAAGAACUUUCUGGUUGCCAUGCCUUUGGGAGAAUGGCUGGGAGUCCAUGUUUUGGUAGCUUUCUUAGGAAGCAUCUGAAACAGAAUACAGCAGUUGGCUUUGUGCGUGCACACACGCACACACACACACACACACACACACACACAUCCCCUCCUCCCAGCUGGGACCGUGGAGCUCAGUCUUGGGGGGGUCUGAGGCCCAAAUAUUUUCCUUCUUCCAGAAAAGAAUCCUGCACAUCUGUUCCUUCAAGCAUGCAUUCAUGCGGCACAGCAAGAGAUCAUAAAAGGCUGCUUUCCAGCUGCCCAAAGCCCACCCCAUUUUAUGAAAGAACCAGAGGAGAAAUGUUCCAGACCAUUAGUGAGCAAUGUCAUGUCUGGAGAAAGACCAGCAAUGCAAAUAAUGCAAACUUUUUUUUUGAAGGCAGAAUCAAAUCUUUGCUUUUAUAUCUAUUUGAUGCUGAUUCUAACCCUAACCCUGGGUCAUCCAGAAUGAAGAACUCUAUUAAUGAUAUUUAAUUUUAGAACAUACUGUGGUUACGUGAACACUAAAUAUUUGCCUUUCAUAAAGACUGACAAAAUAUAAAAUCUCUAUUCUAACCCUGUUCCCUAAAACUGGCCAGGCCAUGGCCCAGGAGUUCUUAUUGGCUGUUGGAUGGGGUAGAGAGGUGUUGAUUUUUCUUUUUUUUUCCAGGAUUCCAAUGUCUUAGUUCUGUCCUAGUCAUACAGCACCUGUGACCAUGUUUUAAAAGUUUGUUUUAGUCAAAAGAUGGAUCAUGCAAGCUUGACAAUGUACAGUGUGAUUGAAAAGACAGGUUGGUGUCUAUUUUUCUUUUUAAAAUACCUGAAUGUGUCUUUGUAAUAUGUAAAGGUAAAACAAAUCAUCAUAAUCGUGCCAAAAAUUUACCAGGCAUCUCAUUUCAGCUCAUGUCAUGUCUGUUUUUAAUAAGCUCAAUGUUAAAACCCGCUGGGAUUAAAUAUUUUUGAACAGGAUACAAUCUUGAGAAACUUGAGAACAGACUGAACCUUCCUACAAGCUUCUCUUUGUAAAACAUCGGGGAAAUACGUUUACAGAGAUUUCGAGCUUCAAAGAAUGCAUGUGAUGGUGCGUAUUACAUGCUAAUUCGUAUAAGCUGUAUCUGCCAGCUACCACCCUGUGCUUUAAAAAUGCACACACUCAACCCUCUUCAGCUUGGGACUCAUCUUUCUGCUUUUUUUUGGUGGUAGAGGGUAGAAUUAUUUAGCCAACAUAAGUAUUCUGGUUGCUACUUGAUGGCCAUCCUUAUUUAGUUCCACGGACAUGCUUUAAAAAUGAUCUUUUGAAGCCAGCUCCUUGGAGAGCCUGCAGUACCUCAGGCUGAUAGCUUUGGAAACUGCCAAACAGCCCAGCAGGAAACAAAGUGGCUACAUGAUCCAAAUGGUUGUAUAAGCAGACGGACGGGACUGGGCAAAUACGUAGGUAGAUGUAGGCUGAGCGUGAGCCUUGGGCAAAAAUGACCUUUCUUUUGGUCAAUCCAAAGGGUAUGACUUUCCUAUGUUUUUGAGGUCGCUGGGUCAUUUGAGGUCACGUUUUAUUGAGUUGUUCGGAACCCCCAAAGGUAGGCUUCUCCUGGGAAGUUUUCAUUUCCAUUUUAUGCCCAAAUAGAAUUAAAUGCAAAACAAACUUUCUAAGCUAGAAUAAUGAAAUGAAGUCAUUUUCCACUUUGUAUAUAUUGAUGCUAAUAAAAGAAAUGAAAAAGAGUCAAA